UACUACAUAACACCACAACGAGACGCCCAGGAGUACUCGGCCGCCUCCGUACAGACCACAGACAAAUACGGCGGGGGUGUGGGCUAUAGGCCGAGUCAUAACUCGGAAAUGUAUGGCAACGCUGUGGCCAUCGCACGCAUGUCAGCGCUCGCCGACGAUAAGGAGAGUGAGCAGGAGUUCAAUGAUAGGGCCCAGAGGUUGAGGGCAGCUAUUAUUGAGCACUUGUGGGACCCAAACAGACAGUUCUUUUACCACAUGCAAAGGGAAAACAACACAAACCACACACUGUUGGACACUCGGGAAGAGGUGGGUCUCUAUCCGUGGCGUUUCUCAGUGCCCGACGAGCGGCACAACUACUCGCUAGCAUUUAACCAACUCUUCAACCCCGAGGGUUUUGGCACCCGAUACGGGCCGUCCACCUGCGAGACUCGGAGCAAGUGGUACGACGGGACGCAACGGUCGGGAUGUUGCUGGUGGAACGGCAACUCAUGGCCCUACUCCACAGCCCAUGUGCUCAGUUCG